UUUUGGGGUUUCUUCCCUAGGUUCUGGCUUCCUGGGAUUCCUCUUCUGAAUUCCGCCAGGAACUCCUGAGUUCUGUUUAAAUAGGAAUGAGAGAGAACCCUGGCCAAAUUUUUGUUCGGUGUGUUAUAAACUGUAGAGAUUGACUGCCUUUUUUGCCCGGUUCUCUCUCUAUCUCUCUCACCCUUUUAUGAGACAUUUGGACGUUAAAAUCAUUUCUUAAUUAUUUCAGGAGUACAACAACCAGUACAAAUGAUGCCACCAGAAUAUCCACCAAAUUUCCCACAAGAAAUUAUUCAAAAAUUAAAACUUAUGGGUCCAAAUGAACGUCCAUAUUUUGAAAAAGUUUGUCAACUUCAACAAUUUGUUGGAUUUUUACAAAAUAACUUAAUUAAAUAUCAAAGUGAUGGAGCUAUGGUUAGUAGAAUAAAUACAAUGCUUUCUGUUUUGCGGUUUGAACGUUUUAUGGGAAUGAAUGAAUUAAAUGAUAUUGAAAUUGUUAUACGUAAAAUGAUGUUUACUUCACAUCCAAGUUAUGCUGCAACAGCACAACAAUUACAACAACAGCAACACUCAUCAGCAAUAGAUCCUUAUGGACAAAUGGCUGGUAGUAAUCAAAUGCAUCCUACAGCAGCUGCUGCAAAUUGGAGUGAAUGGAGUACUUUACAAAAUACACCCCAGCAUGCAGCAAUGGUUGGUUCUUCAGGAAUGAUGCGUGGGGGUGGUGUUGGUGUUGCAGGUGGUUAUUCUUCGGGAGCUACUACAAUGCAAAAAAUGGUACAGCCAACACAAGCUUCGUCUUAUAUGCCUGGAGGUGUAAAUACGUCCUCAUCCUUUUUUGGCAGUGCUCCUCCCUCUUCUCAACAUGGAGGAGGAGUAGCUCCAAUUAGUUCCUCUCAUUCACAACCUCCGUAUUCCUCUUCUGGUAUGAUGAUUGACCAAAAAUAUCAACCUCCACAAUAUUCAACAUAUACUUCACAACAACAACAACAAUAUCCCCAACAACAACGUCAAACAUAUGGAAGUAAUGUUAUAGAUAAUACAAAUACAAUGUCUGUAUCAAAUCAACCUAUAAUGACUCAACAAAUGCAACAACAACAAUGGCCGACUUCUACAGGUGAUACUGCUAUUGAUGAUUUAUAUUCUUCUAUGGAUGAUCUUUUACCUGUGCCUACUGAACAACAAACGCCUUCAAGUUCUAAUUCUGGUCGUCCUUUGGAUAAUAUGUUGGGGAGUGGAAAUGUUGGAGGCCGUCCAAGUGGAAUUACCGUCAAUAUUUCUCAACUCCCAGAUGCAAUACGUUCUGAAAUUGCAGAGUUGGAGCAACGCUUUCAAUUUGAUUCAAUUGUUGAAAUUGCUUCAGAUAUGCAUUCUUUUGUGAUAAAAUGUAUUUUGAGAAGCCAGCAAGUUCCACCACUUCGUAUUAUUAUUCCUCGUGGUUAUCCUGUUGGAGCAGUUUCAGUAAAAAGAGAAAUUCUUGAUUUGGAUUCUUUCUAUUUUGAUGACCUUCAAAAUUAUAUUCAUGAACAAUUUGGAAAAUUAAAUUCGCGAACAAUAACAGAUAUAUUAAAUACAUGGGAGAGUGCAGUUCAACAAUUUUAUGAAAAUGAACAAAUGGGUCAAAAUAAUAAUUUUGAAGAUUUUUCGGGUUUUACUAAUUAA